ACAAGAACGAGGAACAAUAACCCAUACCAGCCCACAUCGCAUCGCGAUAAGCGCAGCCGACGACAUCCCGGGCCCUCCUUCAGCUCCUGAGUAGACGAGGAAGAUCUCAAGCCGUGGUUUGGGUAGACUAGCGCCAAGAUGUCCAUGUUCAGGGCAAAAAAGCUCGACCUUGGGUGCUUCACCAACAUCAAAAUCAUCCGCGACCACUCGAAGCGCAAGGCAUUUGCAGCCGCUGAGCCAGAGAGACAAGCCCUGCGCUACAUUAUCCGCAACACCACGCUGCCCGCCCGGACACGCGCCAUCGCUCAGCUGCAAUUAACUCAGAUGCACUGCUACACGCGCCCGACCCAGAUCCGAAACCGGUGUAUCCUCGGCGGGAAGGGCAGGGGUAUACUCGGCGAUUUCAAGAUGUCAAGAUACAACUUCCGGCUGCAAGCGCUAGCUGGCAACUUGCCCGGCGUGAAGAAGGCUAGCUGGUAGAGAAGACUCUCGGACAUGGCUGACUUGGAUACGAUGGUUUAGCUUGGGGGGUCAUGACAUGGGUCAACCUGCGCGAAUCACCCCAGGAGGAGAGAGUCGCCAGGGAAAAAGGCUUGUUCCGCUCCAAGCAACGCGAAGCCGAGGGUGGAAAGGGAUUAUGGUCAU